CCUGGGGGAGAAGGACUGCGCUGCUCCCUGCGAGCCCACCCGGCCCGACGGCCACAUGUUCUUCAACGAGGACGAGAUCCGCUUCGCCCGCAUCUGGAUCCUCAUCUGGUCCGUCCUGUGCUGCGCCUCCACCUUCUUCACCGUCACCACCUACCUGGUGGACAUGCAGCGCUUCCGCUACCCCGAGCGACCCAUCAUCUUCCUCUCGGGGUGCUACACCAUGGUGUCGGUGGCCUACAUCGCCGGCUUCGUGCUGGAGGAGAGGGUGGUGUGCAACGAGCGCUUCCAGGAGGACGGCUACCGCACCGUGGUGCAGGGCACCAAGAAGGAGGGCUGCACCAUCCUCUUCAUGAUGCUCUACUUCUUCAGCAUGGCCAGCUCCAUCUGGUGGGUCAUCCUCUCCCUCACCUGGUUCCUGGCCGCCGGCAUGAAGUGGGGCCACGAGGCCAUCGAGGCCAACUCCCAGUACUUCCACUUGGCCGCCUGGGCCGUGCCGGCGGUCAAGACCAUCACCAUCCUGGCCAUGGGGCAGAUCGACGGCGACCUGCUGAGCGGCGUCUGCUUCGUGGGCCUCAACAACAUCGACCCUCUGCGAGGCUUCGUGCUGGCGCCGCUCUUCGUCUACCUCUUCAUCGGCACCUCCUUCCUCCUGGCUGGCUUCGUCUCCCUCUUCCGCAUCCGCACCAUCAUGAAGCACGGCGGCACCAAGACGGAGAAGCUGGAGCGGCUCAUGGUUCGCAUCGGCGUUUUCAGCGUCCUCUACACCGUGCCGGCCACCAUCGUCAUCGCCUGCUACUUCUACGAGCAGGCCUUCCGCGAGCACUGGGAGCGCAGCUGGAUCAGCCAGAACUGCAAGAGCUUGGCCAUCCCCUGCCCGCUGCACUUCACCCCCCGCAUGACCCCCGACUUCACCGUCUACAUGAUCAAGUAUCUCAUGACUCUGAUCGUGGGCAUCACCUCGGGGUUCUGGAUAUGGUCUGGCAAAACCCUGCACUCCUGGAGGAAGUUCUACACUCGGCUCACCAACAGCAAGCAGGGCGAGACCACGGUGUGACCCCCCUGCCCUUCGGCCUGAAAUAUUUUUUUGUUUUGGGGGUGGGGGGGGGAGGAGUUAUUAUAUAUUUUUUAUUUUUAGA